UUAUGCAGUUUUUGAAAAAGUAAAGGGAGGUUUUAUUGUAAUCAAGACAGUUUUAGUAGAGAUGAUAAAAUGGAUUCUUUGAAGGUGUUUGGCAUUUUUUUUAGGCUCGGUGCAUCAUGUGAGUAUGAUAAAAGCGCAAAGUUUGAGGUGAAGAAUAUUCAGAGAUGUUAUGUAUCAGCUAUAUUUAAGGAUGACCGUUCGGAACUGAAGGAAGUGUAUGAUGCGACUCUGUUUGAUGGGAUUUAUUGUGUGAAGUGUGUAUUAUCGCUGGACGAUGAGUUUGGGUUAGAAGAGUUGAGUCUAUUGAGAAGAGUGAUUAAAUUGAGCAAUGUCAAAUUAGUGUACAGAUUGCCGUCGGUGAGGGUGAUGAUGAUUACAGGCGUGGAAUUGUUGGAGGGGGGCGUAGUGAAUGAAGGGCAAGGGGAUGGAAAGGAGAUUUUGGGAGCGAGAGAUAUAUCAUGGCUCGAAUUGAAGGACGAAUGGCGCGAGUUGAUAGAAGUGAGAGAGUUAGAAUACAGCGAGCCGAUGCUAGGAAAGUGCAAAUAUUAUCAUAGUUUGUGGUGCGACGAUUGUCCGAUGGUGAAGAAGUGGAAAGACGUAGAGAGUGUGACACGUGUAUGCGAGCACAGUGAUGAGAUAUGUGACAGGCGCGGAGACGAAUAUGUAGGUGUGUCUGAAUUAGAAAAGAGGAGCAGGUUGUACGCAGAGGGCGAUAAAGUGACUAGGAAGAGGGAAAGUAUAAAUUGGGUGAUGGUGGGUAGAAUUGUGAUGAAGUCUAGGCUAUUUCACAUGAUAAGGAAGAGCGAUAUUUAUUCUUGUCCGAUGUAUUUUAUGAUUCGAGUGAUGGACAUGGAAAGUUUGUAUGUGGACGUAUAUAUAUGGAAUAAUAGUUGCAUUGAUUAUUUCAAGUCGUUAGAAUGUGGUCAGGUGGUGAAGUUGAGUCGGUUUGUGGUAAAGCGUCGUUUUUUCGGGGAGGGAAGAGAGGUGGAGGCGAGGUUAUGGAAUGGGGUGAGAGAGGGUCCGGUAAUAGAAUUGUCGGUGAAUCCGUCGAAUCCAAAGGGAGUGAUAGAGGUGCUGACAGAGAAAGGGGAGAUAAAGUUCGAUAAUGCGAUUGAUAGUCAUCAAGUGGGCAUUGUGGCGCUGGACGAGUUGCUUCAAAUAGUGAAGGAACAGGCGAGUGCGAUGAAGAAGUGCGUGUUCGACGGGAUGUUUAGAGGGGAUGUGCAGAUGGAGUUGAGGUUUCCUCGUUGGAGUGUGUACGGGAAGGUGAGUUGGGUGGGGAGACUGGAAUACGUGAAGACGUUUGUGACAGAGGAAGGUGAAUUGAAGAAGGAGGGAGGGCAAAGAGGACGCAUUAGCUAUCGUUGGCUAUGGUUGGACGUGAACGGGAGAAUGAAUGUGAGGAGCAUGUACACAUUGUUGACAUGCAACUCUGGCCACACGAGACUAGAGAAUAUUUGUCCGGGAGAGCGUUUAGUGGUGACAGAAUUAAUAGUGGUCGAGCAUAGCAACGUGUUGAUUGGGAUAUCGAGCGCAUUUACGGUGACAAACAGCAUACACAGAAAUAGAAAGGCAGAAGAGCAGCAGGGUGCAAAAGAAGAAGACGGCUGUAUGAGAAAGUCUGAGGAUAUCAACGGGGACAAGAUGUGGUCAGAGAAGUUUAGUUGUUUUACUAUUUGGUUUGAGAGUGCAGAGGAAUAUGUGAAAUAUUGUCGAGCGAGGAAGGCGGUAGAUUUCGAGAGUUUAUUAUAUGUGAAAGUAUUAGAGAGAAAAGAGUGGCUUUUAACGUUUUGCAGGAUUGUUGGGGUAUUUUGCCUGGAACGGCAACACGACGUGCCAUUUAAGCCUUUUUUCGGAUGGGAGGAAGUAAAAAAGCUGAAGGAUUUGGCGUCUGCAUCGAAUAUUAUUCGGAGUCACUCCGCUUACUAUUUUGUGAUUUUGCAGGAGUUCGAUGACGCAGAGGGUGAUUGGGAAGAGAGGCUUGAACAUAUGCCGAAGCUUGCGUUGGCAGUUCCGACGCUACCUCAAUUUAUGCGAUCUGGGUACUCAAGAAAAGGGAAGGAGAUGUCUAGAAAUCGGUUCAAAAGAAGAGAAUACAUAUUGAAUUUAUUAGGGAUGAAACAGAAAAAUUACGAGAAACAGACGGAAAUCUGCUUUUGUCAAAGUCUGUCAGAAUCGUUGUUAAACGAGGGAAAAUACGACAUUGGAGUAUCAGUGUAUCGAGACAGAAAUGGUCGGAUUGAAGGGACGACGAACAAUGUGUGGAGGAACGUGGUCAAGACAGAUUGAUGAAAAGAAAUGUCCUCUAAUGGGUGUUCACAUCGUUGCACUCUUUUUAAGGAGGUGCAAAAAGCGGGAACUCUAUAUAGUGACGAUGUUUUGUGUACACGCGUGUACACACUAGACGUACUUUUUUUUUAUUAUAGAUUUACUUUUUGCUUGAAGCAGUCGAUGUUUAAGUUGAGUAAGCUCCGAAAAAAUGCAUCAGCAAAUGAACAGGGAUUGGAAGACGGCACAGGCGAGAGCGUGAAAUCAGAGGAGACGCCUUCAUCUGAGAAGGCGUCUCAAACUGAGGCGCAAAACAAGGAAGGUGAUAUUCCACAGAAAAACACCUUCUCAAUUCGAAAGUCUGGUAAGAGUAGGCGCGGACGGGCCUGCAUUGUGAACGCUGCCGAGCUGCGCGCACAGAAAGAUCUAUCUGAGAUGAAUCUCUCAGAAAUUCCAGGAGUGACAAUCAGUUGGCCAGACGCUGAUAACUUGAUGAAGUUUAAUGUAUAUAUUCAGCCGCUGGAGGGAUUUUAUAAAGAUGCAAAGUUUAUGUUUCAUAUCAGAAUACCUGAAAGUUAUCCAUUCGAUCCGCCAAAAGUUCGCUGCGAAACAACGGUUUUUCAUCCGAAUAUAGACACAGAAGGGCAUGUGUGUUUAAAUAUACUGCGCUCGGACUGGAAGCCGGUUUUGACAAUCAGUUCGGUCGUUAUUGGAUUGGCCUACUUAUUUGUCGAGCCCAAUCCAGACGAUCCCUUGAACAAAGAGGCGGCGGAUAUGAUGUUGAACCGAAUAAAUGAGUUCGAGUACACAAUAAGAAGAACGCUUCGCGGUGGAUAUAUAAUGGGAAGGCAGUAUCCAAAGCUCAUUUGAAGGUUCAGAUAGCGCACGCGCUAGAGGGAUUUGAGGAAAGAAAAAAAUGAAAGUGUGUGGAUUGGUGCUGAUGGCUAGGUGUUGGUGAUUGGUUGGGAUCAAGGCCAAAAAAGGGACAGAAAUAUCAACAGAUUUUUUUUUUGAAAAGUCUGUCAAGUCGAGCAUUUUUUUUAGCGUAAAAUCUCACAUUCUCGUUCAGCGGUGGUAAUGACGAGAGGUGUAUCUGUUUACUCUUGACUAAGAAAAAAUCCGAGAAGAAGCAGGCGGGUGCAUUUAGUGGCCAUGGAAGAGAUAGGUCUGAUAGCAAAGGGCAAAUCGCUGAAAAAGGGGGCGGAAUUGAAGAGGAAUCAGUACUGUUCGACUCCUUUUUCUCUACCUAUAUCGAAGGAUAUGGAGGAUGAUCUGUACAUUCGUUUAAAAGAAUUAGAGAGGAAAUUGGAGGUGUUAGAGAUUCAAGAAGAGUAUAUCAAGGACGAAGUAAAAAAUCUAAAAAGAGAAUUGUUAUAUGCUCAGGAGGAGGUGAAGCGAGUGAGAGCUGUACCGUUGGUGAUAGGUCAAUUCUUAGAAAUGAUAGAUGAGCAUUCUGCUAUAGUGGCGGCGACGACAGGAUCGAAUUAUUUGAUUCGAAUUUUAUCUACAAUAGAUCAGGAAGUAUUGAAGCCGAGUUCUAGCGUGGCCCUGCAUAGACAUUCGAAUGCGUUGGUAGACAUUCUGCCCUCUGAGUUUGAUUCGUCGAUUCAACUGUUAUCUGCGAGCGAGAAGCCGGAUGUGAGUUACAGUGAUGUAGGUGGCUUGGACGUUCAAAAGCAAGAAAUAAGAGAGGCGGUUGAGUUACCCUUGACUCAUGGGGAGCUCUACAAGCAGAUAGGUAUUGAGUCAAUGCGUGGAGUAUUGUUGUAUGGUCCUCCUGGAACUGGAAAGACUAUGACUGUGAAGGCAGUGGCGCAUCAUACAAAUGCGGCUUUCAUUCGCGUAGUUGGGUCUGAAUUUGUACAGAAGUUUCUGGGAGAAGGUCCUAGGAUGGUAAGAGAUGUUUUCAGGCUUGCUAGAGAGAAUAGUCCCGCCAUUGUGUUUAUAGACGAAAUUGAUGCGAUUGGAACGAAGAGAUUUGAUGCUCAAACGGGUGCUGAUCGUGAAGUCCAGCGUAUUCUCCUAGAGCUUUUGAAUCAGAUGGAUGGAUUCGAUCAAAGUACCUAUGUCAAGGUGAUUAUGGCUACUAAUCGUGCUGAUACUUUAGAUCCUGCCCUCUUGCGUCCUGGGAGACUUGAUCGAAAAAUCGAAUUUCCUUAUCCCGACCGACGGCAGAAAAGGCUGAUUUUCCAAGUAGCCACCAGCAAGAUGAAUUUAUCAGAGGAAGUUGAUCUAGAGGAUUACGUUUCCAGGCCAGACAAAAUCAGCGGAGCUGAAAUAACAGCCAUCUGCCAAGAAGCCGGGAUGCAUGCAGUUCGAAAGAAUCGAUAUAUCAUCCUUCCCAAGGAUUUUGAAAAGGGAUACAGAACGCAUGUUAAAUCAGACCAUGACGAACAGCACUGGUAUAAAUAACCCUGCUCUCUGCCUCCCCCUAUUGUCUUUUCGAAUGCAUUCCUUCAUCGCAUCAUGCGCGUGCACAAACAUGUGUAUAAUAGUGAUAUGCGUACAAAAAGCCGCUCUGUAAACACAAAAAAAAUGGAUUUGUUGUUAUGUUAUGCGUUUGUAUACAGUGUGUUAUGUAUGUUAUGUGUUACGUUGCGCACGCUUGGGGAUAAAAAGCAAAUAACAGUCGGUCCUGCACCCGAGACAAAUACAGCCUAAUAGCCUUCUCUCGCGCCCGAACAGAGAUUUUCUUUAUACAGAGGCUGGGUCAUAUUGAGUGCCCAAGAAAUUUGGCCACCAUAGUACAAACGGCGUCUGACGGUCGUAAAGUGAGGCAGAUGUAUCAAUUUUGUAAUCGUCAA